AUGCAAAUACACACUGUAAAUUCACAAGAAGAAAAACAAGCAAAAAAGCCAAGUCGUAAACAUUUACAUUGUGAAGAAAUUCCAAUGAAAAAUCGAUCAAUAUCUCAUUCAAGUUCAACAGAAACACUUCAAGAUGAAAUUCAAGAUACUUUACAUAGUCUAUUAAGUAAACAAAAAGAACUUGAACAUGAUCAACAAGUAACAAAUGAUUGGCGUGCAUUGGCAACAAAAAUUGAUAAAAUUUUAUUUUAUGUUUUUCUUCUAUUAACAAUUAUAUCAACAUUAGGUCUUCUUGUUGUUGCACCAUUAUUUCGAACUAAUAUUCAACGAAAAAUAAAACUUUGGAAUGGAACACGUCGACCUUAA